UUAUCCCUGUUGGUCGUCUGUCUAAUGGAAACGCUGAGGAUUAUACUCCUAUUGAAAAUUCUAUUAGGGAAUUAGAAGGAAAUAUUGUGUGUAGCCAAUCCUACUAUGAUCAACCUCGUAGAAUUGAACCUACUUGUUUAAAUAUGAGACGUGUAAUAAAUUUGUGGAUGGAAGAAACAUUAAAAGCUUUUCAUGGCACCGAAGGAGCCAAUCACGAAUUGCCUGAAAAAACUUAUUCUAUCUCGGUAAGGAAUAUCUUUUCUUCAUGGCAAAAAUAUAAUUCACAGAGAUUUGUACUUUUAUGGAAAAUUUUGAGUUGUCGUCCCCUUUGCCAAGAUGGAUCAAUUCGAAAUGUUUUUGAUGAUAGCGAAACUCCAGCUGAUGGAACGCCAGUAGCAUAUAUUAAUUUAUAUCAAUGUUGUUGGCAAGGGGAACCAGAUUUAAGACCAAGAAUUAUAUAA